AUGGGAGUUGAGAAAAUGGAGCUGGACGAGGGACACUCGACUCUGAUGAGUGGCACCAAGAAGCCUCCCCCGGUUCGGCCUCCCAACAUGUUUGAGCGCAUCAUCCAACCCUGCCUGGCAGAGGUGGUGGGAACCAUGUUCUUCGUCUUCAUCGGGUGUGUGUCGGUCAUCGAGAACGUUGAGUCUGCAGGCAGGGUACAGCCGGCGCUGGUCCAUGGCCUGGCUGUGGCCGUCAUGGUGGCAUGCAUGGAUCAGAUCAGUGGAUCCCAUUUCAACCCUCCCUUCACCAUUGCCAUCUACCUGUGUGGCGGCAUGAAACUGUUCAUGGUUGUCCCAUACCUUAUCAGCCAGUUAUUAGGAGGGGUGCUGGGAGCUGCCAUGUCAAAGAUGAUGACAUCGAAGGAGAACUAUGCCAACGCCACCGGAGCUGCGUUUACUAUCCUCAAAUCAGAGGACCAGCUGGCGGGAGCCAUAUUUGGAGAGAUCGCCAUGACGUGCCUGGUUUCCAUGGUAGUAUUGCUAGGGGCGGUCAAUGCAAAGAGCAAAAGCCCAAUGGUGCCUUUCCUGGUAGGCUGUACUGUCAUCAUCAACAUUCUGGCAGGGGGGGAUGUGUCUGGGACCUGUCUGAACCCAGCCAGGGCUCUGGGGCCAGCGGUAAUGGCCAACUACUGGACCUACCAUUGGGUUUACUGGGCUGGUCCUAUCGCAGGAGGUCUACUGGCAGCAGCCCUAGUGAGACUUGUGCUUGGAGAUGAGAAGACACGAAUCAUCAUGAAGUGA